AUGGAAGCCAGGUUCGUGACCUGCCGGAGUUUCCAGCAGAUCAAGCCGCCCGAGAAGACCUUAGCCCCGACGCCCACCGUCAAGGGGCUGCUGUCUCGUUUCGGCAGUCAGGCCCAAGCUCUAUUUGCUCCGAAAAAGCAGAAGUUCGGAUCGUCGGUCGCCAUCCACAAGUUGAGGGAAACGAAGUGGUUCAAGCAUGAGGAGCAGAACAUAUUGUGCGCUGUUCUCGAGUCGGGAUUCGUCCUGGAGGUGCGGGCGGAGGACCCCCUGCCGUCGGACUCUGUCGUCUCCCCCGACUACCAUAUGUACGCCAUCGCCAUGUGGAAGAAGGGUAAAGAAAAAACAAAGAACCCGGAACAGAUAGAGGUGUACACCGUCCAGCAGAAGGGCGUAAGAAAACGGAUUAUCAAAACUACCCUGAGUAACUUCUGGAAGAAGGACUCCGUGAUUAGAAUCAACAACGUCGAUGACAAGCAGGAGACACCCAACAGUGAAAAGGACAUAAGAGCCAAGCUUGACAUGGCAACGAAAUCCAGGUUCGAGAGGAACUGGCAUAACACGCUACACUUCGUCCAUUGGUGCCGAUACGGUGAGACGCCGCAGGAAGCUCGAAUGAGACAGAUAAGCGAGUCAUUGAAAUGGGGUAACAUCGGCAUGAAUAUGGGCGUGAUGCUAGUCAGCCAGACCAACGCACGUCCAAAGGCAAAAUCAGUCUGA